AUGUCAGGAAGAGGCAAAGGUGGAAAGGGUUUGGGAAAGGGAGGAGCCAAGAGGCAUCGCAAGGUCCUCAGAGACAACAUCCAGGGCAUCACCAAGCCCGCCAUCCGCCGUUUGGCCAGACGUGGCGGCGUUAAGCGUAUCAGCGGUCUCAUCUACGAGGAGACUCGUGGCGUACUCAAGAUCUUUCUAGAGAACGUCAUCCGUGACGCCGUUACUUACACCGAGCACGCUCGCCGGAAGACCGUCACUGCCAUGGACGUCGUCUAUGCUUUGAAAAGACAAGGCCGUACUCUAUACGGAUUCGGAGGCUGAUGAAUUUAAUCUUUGUGUAAUCUUUCUAGGGUUGAUGUGUUUUGUUAUUUUCAAUGUGAAUGAAGCUUUUGGGAAAUGCUCUAAUUACAAUCGAUCAUUAUAUUUUAUCUUGUAUUAUUAUAGUUUAGUUUGUUAGCCUUUUGGGUCUGAUUUUAUCUUAGAAGUGAAGUUAAAAGAAUUAAGACCAAAUUGGUUUAGUUGUAUUCUUCUAAUUAUUAUAUGUAAUACUAAUGUAUCAUAUGUUUAAGCCUCAGAAAAUUGAGAUAAA